AUGCACAACUCCAUUUUGUGCAACGCCACCACGAAACAUUCACAACUCCAGUACGUACCUGCGAAUGGUUGCGAGACGGUUUCCUCCUUGAUUCUUCUUCGCCUCAUUCGAACGGGAGUCCAGAGCUUCCCCCAGAAAAUCAGAAAUGGGGGACCCGACCGCCGUCCCGCGGGCCUCGAGCUGCCUCGAUCACAUCGCGACAUCCCACGAGACACCACACCAUCUUUCUCUCACACAUCCACAGAAGCUACUCGCCUCGGGUCCCAAAACUCUCUUCCGCUGUGCGUCUUGCGGCCCAUGCUGCCACGAACUUGGGAGCCUGGGCCAGGCUUGGCUUUCUAG